AUGGCAACUUCACUGAGUGCACGUAGAGGGGUAGUGACCCGACAAUGUAACGCUCUAGCCGAGCUAACAAAGUGUUAUACCAAUCUUCUACGGGAAGUUGCUUCAUCGAAUCGAGCUGAAUAUGAAGAUUUGAUACGCAAGCUCAAUUCCGCGCAAGUACAUCUGAGGACUGUGCAAGCAUCACUCGAGAGGGCAAUGUAUGCGUUCACAGAAGCUGUCGAUAAUCUCGAAGCGCCGCUCAACGACGAAGAAAGAGAGCGGGUGGAGGAGCACGUAGAGAAAGCGUCCUCUAUUCUAUCAGAAUCAGAGGCGAUGGUGGCGCAGAUUGAAGUACGCAAGCAAGAAACCACCCCAGGAGACGAUAUCCGUAGGCGAGUCCUAGAAAAAAAGGUGACACUACCAGCCGAAAAAACCUGGACUCUGCGCGAACAAAUGAAUACGAUCGAAUCGGUGCUCAGGCAGGAGGAAGAAAUUGAACGCCAUAUGGCACCAAAUCCUGAUCAGCACAUCGCGCGGAAGCAGAAGCAUGUUGUGACAGUCAAAAAGACAAAGACACCAUACUGCUUUUACUGCGAAUCCAUAGACCAUUGGCCCUCUUCAUGCACGAAGCUCAAACUCCCAAAAGAAAGGGUCGAACAUCUUAAGAGAUCCCAUAGAUGUUUGGGUUGUGGGUCCAAGAACCAUCUAUUUUCGGAAUGCAAAUCCAAGGGUUGUAUACACUGUGGGAAAAAGCACCACAGUUCGAUAUGCUUCAAAAAUGCGUCAGCGACCCCAUUCCUGGGAAAAGAGGAGGUAAAGAGAAACGAAAAAGUGAGAAGAACAACUCAGAAUUUCUCUUCAGCAGCUGAGGAUACCUCCAAUAGUGGACAGGAAUCCGCAGAAGUCGAGAAUCCCACAGUCAUGGCAGUGUCAGAAUCGUCGUCAAAACAGAAAACGAACGACAUCUUCCUGCUGACAGGAGUACUGAAGGUGAUGCAUCCAGUGACAAAAGAGCUUCAAGAGGUGGAAGUACUUCUCGACACUGGUGCAGAUAAAUCUUUUAUAGACUCCAAUCUAGCAAAUGAGCUCCAGCUUCCGGAUUCGGGAAGGGUAACAAUGAAGCUCACAACAUUUGGUUCUACUGAAAACAAAAAGAUCCAGUGUUCGCUGACAUAUCUCGACGUGUGGGAUGAAAAAGGGAAAAAGCACACACUUCGUCUUUUUACGCACAGCACGUUGACUACGAACCUCAAAAGCGGAGCCCUCGACAAAGAAGAUCUCAAGUUCAUCAGACGCAAGCACAUACACAAGGCUAGCGAUGACGAUUUAUGUGAACAGCAGCAGAAACAUGACGAGGAAACAGAUCAGAAAAGAAAACGGUACAAUCUUCGUCCAAGAGCCACUCGCCAUCCAAUCUCGACCGGAGAGACCUUCAUCGACUCGCCCACCAAGAGAUAUGCAAGGGCGAACUCACGAUCUAGUACGACUUGUCUGCAGUUUCUUAUGGUCGUCGUCAUGACUGUUGUGGUGACUGGACGACGAACUCUGUCUUCAACACAACCGAACAUCGAUCUGUCAGAAAAGCACUCGAUAGAAUGUCGACCAGGAGGAAUUUACCUUCAUUCUCCAAGUUCAUCGGCAUACGAACUCUGCGUGAAUGACUACUGUGUUGCGGAUCAUGCCCCACCCAUACACAAAGUGAUACACGUUCCUACACGAUACCUUCUUCAUAAAUACGAUGCGCAGUGA